UGAUUCUUUAUCGAUCGUGAUAAUAUCUCAUGGAUAUUUACAAUUUAUUUUACAGAUCAAAUCUGGAUAAGAGGUGGCAUCCGUAUAAAUAAAUAGAUAAUUGUAUUAUUUUCUAGUGUCUUAUCAGCAUGUAUUUUAUUUAUUUAUAGAUCAAAUCUAGUAUUUUUAUGUAAGCUAACUAUAUAAUUUAAAAGAAUCCAUACAUUAACUUGUUAGUUUCUGUUUUAAUAAUAUCAUUCCCGUUACUUUUUAAAAUGUUUGAUAUAAGUGAAAUUCAGUUCAUAUCUUCCAAAUUAGACCACAGUUUACUAGAUGAAAUUGUAAAAAAAGCUUUUGCUUUGAAUAAUUUAAAUGUUGUGGACAUUAGUACAAAUUCAAAUUCCAAAAAGGGAGAUUCAUACUUGAGUACACAAUGUAGGAUAACAAUAAAAGCUAAAGAUGAAAACACUUCAGAUGACAAGUUUUUGUACAUAUUUGUAAAAGGACUUCCCGAAAACUUGGCAAGAAGGAAGACAUUUCGAUCAGUUGACUUUUUUGCUAACGAAGUCACUUUUUAUAACAAGGUCUGGCCAGCUUUACAUGAAUUUCAAAUGUCUAAAAAUGUUGAAACAUUUAAUAACAUUCCUGCAUGUUACUAUGCUUUCGCUGAUGGUAUCAGUGAUAUUGUCGCUUUAGAAGAUGUAAGUUAUAAAGGAUUUCAGGGUAUUUCUAGAAGCGCAGGUUUAGAUGUACGCCAUGCCACAAUAAUUUUAAAACUGUUUGCUAAGUUUCAUGGCACUUCAUUGGCAUUUAAAUUGCAAUAUCUAGAUAAAUUUGAAGAAAUAGCGAAUAAUUUACAUGAAACUUAUUUUACUGAAAAAUUUAGGUCUUGGUAUGAAAAUUUUCAAAAAGUAAACUUAAAAAUCGUACGAGAUGCCAUUGAAAAAGAACUUCCGCAUAUUUAUUUGGCGCAGUUCGAUAAAAUAGUUUCAGGAGACUUUUUUGGAAACAUUUCUAAAUUAUGUGAAAAAAGAGGAAAAUUCGCGGUUUUUACUCAUGGGGACGCGUGGGUUCCGAACUUUUUAAUGAAGUGUGAUAGCAAUAAUGUUCCCUUAGAAGGUAUCAUGAUUGAUUUUCAACUUUUAAGAACUGCGUCUUUGGCGCAAGAUAUUCUAUUCUUUCUUUAUGCUUGUACAACUCAAGAAUUGCGUGAUGAGCACUGGGACUCUUUAAUUAAUGACUAUUACAUAGAAUUAAAAGAUACUCUUCAAAAAUUGGGCUGUGACAGUAAUUUCAUUACCUUGGAAAAUGUACAUAAUGAAUUAAAAGAUAAUGCAUUAUUUGGAGUUGGAAUGACUACCGAGGCAGUGACUAUGUCGAUUUUAGAUGACGACGAAACAGCUAAUAUUGAUGAGCUGCAGGGAGAUGAUGCCCAUCCUUUAGAGAAGGUAUGGAUUAUUCAUCCAUUUAAAAGUCAAGAAAAACGUCUACGUAUCUGUAGCAUUUUUAAAGAUGCUAUUGACCGAGGCUACCUGCCAUGAAUGUAAAAUGAACAAUUUUCAAUGUCAUCUUUAAGGAAAAAAGCGCAAAAACUAAAGUAGAAUGUUCUCUCUGACAAAAAAGAAAUCAGACAGAUGCGUAGAAUUCGCAGCAAGUUUGAAAUAUUCUAGUUGAUAUCAACAUAUUCAAAAUUUGUAUUUUACUUCAAUAAAAUCGUAUAAAUAGUG